AUGGACUUAGGAAAAGAAAAGUUUGUAUUAAGAAGGGCAAAGAAAAAAGAAAAAAAAACAUUAUCAACAUCAGAAGAACUACUCGUUAAAAAACUAUUCUUUGAGUUGUAUCCGUUUUCAAAGAUUGCUUACAAAAUCACCAAUCAGGCCAUUAUUGAAGCCAUGGAAGGGGAAAAAGUGAUUAAUAUCCUUGAUCUCAGUGUAUCUGAUGCUACUCAGUGGAUUUAUCUUAUGCAGAGUUUAAAAGAGCGUUUACCAAACCAUUCAUAUUUAAAAAUUACAAUUACAUGCAUACAUGAGAAGAAAGAGGUCUUAGAGCAAAUGAGUUUCCAUUUAAGAGUAGAAGCUGAAAAGUUGAAUUUCCCUUUUCAAUUUAAUGCUAUUGUAAGCAACUUGGAGAACCUUGACCUUGAAAGAUUGCCUUUCAAGAAAGGAGAGCCUCUUGCAAUUAGUUGUGUACUUCAACUUCACUCUCUUCUUGCCACUGAUGAUCAAAUGGUAAAAAAUCCAACUCCUGAUUCAGCAUUGUCACCUCCUUCUGCAUGUCCUUCACCUAAGAUGGAGUGUUUUCUGAGUGGCUUGUGGAAGCUUCAUCCUAAAGUGAUGGUGAUCACUGAGCAAGAAUCAAAUGUUAAUGGUUCCACAUUGACAGAGAGGGUGGACAAAGCAUUGAACUUUUAUGGGGCCCUGUUUGAUUGCUUGGAAUCUACCAUUUCAAAAACAUUAGUAGAAAGAACCUUACUGGAGAAGAUGCUAUUAGGGGAGCAAAUAAAAAAUAUUAUUGCAUGUGAAGGAGUUAAAAGAAAGGAGAGGCAUGAGAAACUUGAGACAUGGAUCACUAGGCUUUUAUUGGCAGGUUUUGGGAAGGUACCUAUUAGCUUUGAUGGGAUGCAACAUGCCGCAAAGAUGUUACAAAGCUAUGCACAUGGAUAUCAAAUCCGUCAUGAGAAUAAAUGUUUGUUUAUCUGUUGGGAUGGUAAUCCUCUCUUUUCUGUAUCAGCUUGGAGGUUUCCCUCCGAAGAUCUAUAUGCUUAG